UCUCGCUUCGGAAAAUAUGACUUCUUGUUUCGUCGUGUCGCUCACCUCUACAGUGGAAAGGAGCCACAUCCCCGGCUAAUUCAGAACCCUUGCCUCUUGCUUGGGAGUCUCGUUUCUUUUAUACAUAUGCACGUGUGCGUGGUUUGGUAAAUUCAGUGUGCCCAGAUAGCAAUGGAGCAGAGUUCUUUGCUACAACGUUACCGUGAUGAUCGCCGCAAGCUCUUGCAAUUCCUCAAUCCUCUGGUUUGAUAAGAGAGCUUCGGACUCCUUCCGGUCCAACCGCUUCUCUAUCCGGCAUCAAUUUGGACACUCUCAGUACUGAUUACAUACUCGAAUGUGUUAAGUCCGGUGGCGUAAUCGACGUCUUGGAGGCAACUAAGAAGUACUAUGCUGAGUCGGCAUACCCAGUUGUGAUUCAUUCGCAAGAUAGAGAUUCUUUUUUUCUAAUUUCGGAUCCAAAUUUGACUAGAUCGCCCCCUCGUCAUGUGCCACCUCCACCUAUUGCAAAGCAAACCGCCAAUCAUGCAUUACAUUCAUCACACUGUCCAGACUCUUUGAACAGCAAGGAUACUUUGAAAUCUAGAUAUGGCUAUAAUUAUAAAGACAAUCCCAGCAGUAACUACACAAACCCAAACCUGUGAGGAUUAUGAAAUUCCUCCUCUUGGGUUACCUGGUCUAAACACAGGAUUGUCCGACGAUGAUUUGCAAGAGUCAGCUUAUGAAUUAAUUCUAGCAUCCGUGCUACUCUCUAGGGUUGAAGUACAUUAUGUUGAGGAAAGAAAGAAAGAGAAAGGUUCUAAACUUUUGUCAAGCUUGAGGAGUAAAAAGGAAAAACAUCGAUUACAACCUCAGUUAUCUGACAAACAUUUAGAGCUUAUCAACAUUUUCCGUGUUCAAAUGCAGGUAUCAGAAGUAAUGAAUGCAUGCAUUAUGAGAAAUUUGGUAGCCUUGGCUUCCAAGGGGACAUGUGGACAAAUUGAUAUUCCACAGUUGGUUUUGGGACUUUUAAUUGGAAUUUUCAAAUCUGAUUUCCCUACUGAGAAGUAUUACAUGCAAUGGAAGAGCAGGCAGGUAAAUCUGUUAGAAGAACUCCUCUAUUUCUCCACAAGUCUUGUAAUGAAUGAGCAUAAAACUGUUGGAAGUUGCCUUGCAAAGAUUAAAGAUACAAAGGAGUGGGAUCUUAUGAUGUCUCCUUCUCAACGUGUUGAGGUUCUAUCAUCUAUUAGACAGGUGGCUUCAAAACUGUCAUCUCUGCCUGGUCGUUUUGGUAUCAUGGAGGAAAUGUAUUACUGGACUGCUGCCUAUCAUUUGAAUAUUAGAAUCUAUGAGAAAUUACUUUAUUGUGUGUUUGACAUUCUCGAUGAGGGUCAGCUCAUAGAGGAAGCUGAUGCAAUUCUGUAUCAAAUAAAGCCAACCUGGUCUACUUUAGGCAUCACUCAGAAAAUACAUAAUGCACUGUACGGAUGGGUCCUUUUUAAACAGUUUGUUGUGACAGAUGAAGGCUUGCUUUUGGAGCAUGCAGUCAUGGAGUUGCAGAAAGUUAUUUCUGCUGAAGAAGAUGAUGCGAAGGAAUGCCUUUAUAUAAAUAGCCUAGUAUGUACACAGCAUUAUAAUGGCAGGGAAAUAAAUGUAAGUCUCGUGGAGGCCAUUUUGCUAUCAAUCAGGAAUUGGUGUGAUAGCAACCUUCAAGACUACCACCUGCAUUUUUGUCGGGAGCCUCGUAACUUUAGUAGGGUGAUGAGCUUGGUAUCUACCAUUGGAAUCCACAUUGUUGAUGACUCUGAGAUUAAGCUUGUGAGACUGGAUGCUUUGAAUGGUGAUGCUAGUGAGAGAAUUAAAACAUACGUUGAGAGGUCAAUUGAAGCUGCAUGCAUGCGGGCAGGAGAUAUCAGGAAUCUGGAAUUGAAAGCACAAAGAAUUCAUCCUCUGGCUCUGCUUGCAAAUGAGCUAAGAUUGGUUGCUAAGAGAGAGUUAAAUGUUUUUGGCCCUGUGCUGCGAGAUUUCUUUCCAGACUGUAUGACAAUCUCAGCAAUGUUAGUGCACAAGUUUUAUGGGGAAAGACUGAGACCCUUCCUUAGGGGAGUGUCAUCUUUAUCUGAAGAUGUUAGAUCUGUGCUUCCUGCUGCUGAUAUGUUGGAUCAAGACCUGACUCAGCUAUAUAAUUCCGUUGAGCAAAAUAAGUUGCACAGUCCCUUGUACCAAAAUCUGGACCAUUAUAAGGCCAUGAUUGUAGAGUUUGAUUUUGGACCCCCGAAGCAUUUUUGCUUGAAAGUGUUUUUCUGCCUUCUUAACCUCUAA